AUGGGGCCGCUGGGAGGGAAGGAAAAUGAGAGCUGCCAGCGGCAGCCCGAGGGGCUCAACGGGGACACAACAGGACCCUCAUUGCAUGAUGGCAGCCUGGCCUUGGUGGCUGAGCCUGCAGCCCCCCAGAAAAGCCCCAAGUCUGCCCUAGAGCUGCCCACCACAGCAUUCAGUCUCACGGCUAACCCCGACCAGGAGUGGAAAGUGGUGAAGAUCCAACAGGUCCUCCUUGACGCCAGCGGUGAGCCGAGGAAAGCAGGGCAGGGCCACCGGGGGCAGCCGGGGCGGCGGGGCGGCUGCCGGUGCCGCCGGGGAAGGGUGACCCGUCCCGUCCGGUCGGGCAGGCGGUGCUGGCAGGGGCAGGGCCGACGGGACCCAUCACCCCCCAGCCCCGGCCCCCUCCCGCUGCUCCCCCCCCCCGGGCCCGUUCCGAGGGCGGAGCUGCCGCAACUUUCCUGCCCGCCGCCUCCUCCCCGGUGCAGUCGGGCUGCGAGGGGCGGCGGCGGCACCGGCACCGGCACCGCGGGUCUCUCCCGCAGUGCCAGCCUCUCGGAGAAGGAGCUGAAGGAGGCGAAGGCACGGAGCCAGAGGAUCGCGGCGCAGCUCACCACGGCACCCGCGCCCAGCUCCAAGGGCGUGCUGCUCUUCAACCGCCGCAAGCAGCGCGUCGAUGGGCUCGCCGGGGCUGCGCACGGCGGGGCGCUGCCGCUGAGCCCCGCGCCUCGGCCCCCGCCGGCAGCCAUGGAGGAGGGCGAGAGGCAGGGGAUGAAGCCAGAGCCUGACCGGCUCAGAACCCCGGCAGAGCGGCGACGGGCGGACACUUCCCCUUGCCGGGAGUCGCCUGCAGAAGCCCAACAAGUGCCACUCAGCGUCUACCUGAAGGAGAACAUGGCACUGGCUGCCACCAACGGUGUGCAGGAGCAGGCAGCCAGCAGGAUGGAGAGCGGGGUGGGGAGGCUUGAGGACGCAGCAGCCCCUGCCGGGGCGGGCGUGACGACUCCUGUCCCGCCACAAAGCCCCGAGGAGGGGAAGAGCAGCGGAGUGCCCGGAGAUGUGCCCAGCGAGGUGCCCAGCGCACCGGCAGGGACGGUCACAGGGCUGGCGUCGCCAGCCAGCCAGCAGCAGAACGGGGCACAGAACCGGCAGUACUACGAGGUCCAUCUCACCCUGGCCAAGCCCCAGCCUGUGAAGAACCGGACAGCCAGACCCUUUGGCACCCAGACAUCCCCUGCCAGCAGCCAUGCUGAGGAGGGACCCCCUGCCACUGAGCUGCCCCCACCACCCACCUAUGCGGAGACCCUGAGUAGCCCCCCACCGCUCACCCGUGUCCGCUCACCCCCUGCCUACUCGGCCUUGUACCCUCCCUGGGAACAGAAGGUGCUGCCAGGUGCCCCCCUGGGCUAUGGAGUGAGUGGGCCAAACCCCCUGCCCAAAACAGGGAUCCUGGAAGAGUCAGCUGCUCGGAGGGCCAGCAAAAAGCCUAUGUUCACCUUCGUGGAGAAGCCAAAGCUGGGCCCCAACCCUGACCUGCUGGACCUGGUACAGAGUGCAGACAGCAGGAAGAAGCAGAAGGAGCAGGGGGAGCCCGGUGUUGAGGAUGAGCCCUUUGCCCUCGGGGCUGAAGCCUCCAACUUUGUCCCCAACAGCACGGCCAGGAGUGGGCAGCAUCUUCCAGUGGCUGAUGAUGCUCCGGCGUGGUCGUCCUGCCUCAAGUCUCCUACCAUCAAGCCCAAGCCAAAGCCACAGCCCAACCACAACCUCACUGAAGCCAGAGGGAAGGGGGCUGAGCUCUUUGCCCGCCGGCAGUCCAGGAUGGAGAAGUUCAUCAUCGAAGCUCCCUCUCAGCCUGAGCUGCUGCGGUCCCCAUCACCCACAAUGUCCCUGCCUCCCUCCUGGAAGUAUGAUAUCAAUGCUUGCCUGUCACCCAUGGUCUCCAGACGUCCCUCUAGGAGUCCCUCCAGGCCCUCCAAAACCCCCCCAGCAUCUCUGUAUGGCGGCAACCUGAUGGAGAAUGAAGCCUCACAGAAGGAGCUGGAGAUCUCCAAGCACCAGCCCUACCAGCUCCAGUCUUCUCUCUUCAUCCUCUCCCCAUCCAAGGGGCCAGCUAGGUCCACGCCUCAGGAGGUGCCUCCACCCAGACCCUCUCUUCCCGACGCCUACCCCUACCCCCAGCAAACUUCCUGUCCCACCUCUCCGUUACCUCCUUCCCCAGUUUGGCAUCCCCCCACCAUGCCCAGCGCUGCUCAGACCACCUCCAACCCCUUUCCCGGAGCGGCCGGGGCUCCGCCCCUGAAUCCCAGCAGCCACGCCAACCCGGGAGCCCCGCCCGAAGUGCUGCUGGCCUCCCCGUGCCGCCUGCUGCCACCCCGAGCCAAGGCAGGCUUCCAGGCACCCCGGCCCUCCUACUCCACCAGGAACGCCGGCAUCGAGCCACAGGAAAGGCGGCAGUCCCUCCCCGCCUCGCCCACCUGGACCCCCCGGCCGGCACAACGCCCGGGCAGCCUGGACGGUUGGGCCAGCCCAGCCUCUGUGCCCGAGCUGGACGAGGGACCCCCCAUGUCACCUCCGUGGAGCGAGAGGUCCCUGUCCCCGCUGCGGCAGGAUGCGGACCCCCGGGCCAGCCGGCAGCUGCAGGCGCGGCUCGCCAGGAACAUCAUCAACGCUGCCCGCAGGAAGAGCUCCGAGCCCGGCGCCGCGGGGCCGGAGGGCUCCCGGCCCUUCAUCCCCAUCCUCUCCGGUUCCCCCAGCCUCCCCCAGUCCCCCCGGCCAGCACGGCUGGAGGGCUCCAGAGCCUUGGCGCUGCAGGCUGCCAGCAGCGUUCCCGGGAGCCUGGGCACCCCCUCGCCCAUACACAAAAGCCCCUUGCGAUCGCCCCGGGCAGACGGCCCCCCAUUUUGUACCUCCCCUGGGAUGCCUCGAGCUGCCUGGGCAGAGGGUCGCCGCCUCCUGGUGCAACCCAGCGUGUCCUCCUGCCCCGUCCCCAGGCUGUCCCCCAGCCCCAAGAGCCCUUUGCCAUCCCCCGUGGUGGGCGGGCGGUCCCCGGCCAAGCGAUGCACCUCCCGGUCCCCGACGGACUCGGACGUCUCCCUCGACUCUGAAGACUCGGGGACCAAGAGCCCCGGCAUCCACAGCUUCAACCUCUGCCCCCGGGGCUGGACCGGCAGCCUGCGCCUGAAGCCCGGGGGGCUGCCCUCGGGGGCCCCCUGCACCUCCUAGACCGGCCAGCCCCAGCCAGGUCACCCUCUUCCCGGUGAUGCCACCUGCUGAUCCCACACCGGGAACACCCCAACCUUCGGGGCUCAGGUCCCCGCAAAAAAACUGGCGUCCCCACUCCCCAGCGGAGCUGCCACAGCUCCUCGGCGUGCCAGAGGGGUCAGCUGCCUCCUACCCGCCCUCCAUCCCAUGGCCCACUCUAUUUUUACCACCUUAACCUUUCGGGGCAGGAC